GUUUAGUUUCUCCGCCGGUGUCCUCAGCGAAAACUUUUAGCCAACUUUCUCUGACAAAAUGCCCAAAAAGAAGGAUAAGAAAAUCGGCGACAAACAAGAUGAAGUCAAGAAAACAUCGAAAUAUGAGAGUUCGGCGACUCCUGCAGAUAAAACAGCUUCAGACGACAAAGAGAAGGAUUUAUAUCUGAUUCAAAUACGAUAUUUAAACGAGCAGUUGGAGAGAUACCAGCUGAAAUAUGAUCAACUAGAGAGGCAGAAGAAGGACUUAACCUCUCAGUACAGUUCACUGGAGACACAGAAGAAGGACAGUGUAGAGUAUCUGAAACGCUGCUUGGAGGUAAAGGAGGACGAGGCGGACGAGCUGACAGAGCGCCUGAAGAGUCAGCGGCAGGCUGCCGAUAAGGACAGAGACGCCCUGCAGCUGCAGCACAGUCGGCUGAGUCAAGAGCUUCAAGAACGGAUUGAAGAACUCACUACAGAAAACAUGACACUUGCGGCGAGGCUUGCUAGUCUAGAGGAGUUUCAGAAGCAGAAGGAGCAGCUGAUGUCAAACAUGGAGACUCUGGAGAAGCAGUUGGCCAGUCAGAUGGAGGAACAGAAAGCUGCCGUCCACAACCUGGAGAUGAAAGCACUGCUGGAAAAGAAGAGGAUGGAGAAAGAGAUGGAGAGCCACGUGGCGUCCAUGGCGGCAGAGGUGCAGCACCUGGUGGACCAGAAGGUCCCGGAGGCGACCAGGUUGGCCCUUCAGGAGAACACGGAGGUUAAGGCUCAGUUCAGCCAGCUGUCAGCACAGGUACAGGUCCUAAUGGGGGAGAACUCUGCCCUGCGGGACCGUAAGAGUCGGCUCAGUGUGGAUGUGGACAUCCUGGAGCAAAUGCUCAGCAAGACGUCACGCAAGAGCUGCAUCCGUGAGAAGGUGGUGGAGCAGCUUACAGAAAAAUGUCAGCAGCUGCAAGCGGAGCUGAAACACUGUCGGCAAGAACUCGAGCAGCUUCAGACCAAACACACAGGAGUCCUGGCUGAGAUGAAGGCACUCAGACAGAACGGGUCCUCGCUAUCUGAGCAGUGCAGCAAAUACAGAGCCGAGGCGAGUCGGCUGGAGGCGGAGCUACAAGAGGAAAGGAGGAGGAGAAGCAGGAUGAAGAGCAUCAUGCAAGAAGCAGCAGUCGCUCUCAGACAAGCCCUGAUGGAGGCACCCACUGAGCAGGACUUGGAGGUGGUCCACCAGUGGAAGCCGCUGAUGCAGAAGCUACUGGUGGUCUUGGAUGGACCCACACUCACCAAUUCCACCCCUGAGAACAACCAUCUGAAUGAGUGGGAGACCUCUGACCCUGCAGCAGCCAGAGCAGGGACCCUGAAUCCAGCUUUGAGUUUCCAGUUCGAGCUGGCCCGCUACAGACCGGGCGAUCUUGGCCUUGUACCCCGUCCCACACUGAAACACAAACUCUCCAGGACUGGAGCCGGGUCCGGCAGCACCCACGUGCCUCUGCACAGGAAGCCGUCCACUCAGAAAACAGCCAUUGACAGUCUCCAUUGACCUGCAUGACUCAGCAGUCGGAUUUCGGACCUCCAGAAACUCAUUCACUAAAACCAAGUUAACAGUAACUAACCUCACUUCCUUCUCAUGUUGGAGAAAACCCUUAGCUGAUGUAACUUUGUGGCUAUAAGUUAUACAUAAUGAUAAACACUUACUGAAGCAGUACAGUUUUAUAACAUCUGGUAACGCCAGACUGAGAAAGGGUGUAAUCUAUGAAUUCAGCUUUCAUUCAUCAUAAAAUUAAUGUGCCAUUUCUUCCUUCACAAAAAACAUGCACAGUUUGUCAUUUCAGCUGCUUACAUCCAAAACUAAAAGUAGUAGUUUGAUGACUUGAAGUAGCAUGGGAUCAUGGUAGUUGUUGAACUGCACCUUUACCUUGAUUAAAAUUAAUGAUUUCUCUGGUUUGAAAAUUGUUGGAAAUAUCUAGAAUAAGUACACAACUCAAACACUGACAUACUGUAGAUUUAUGAAUACAAAUCUCAACCGGCUGUGAAUCAUAAGUUUGUUUGAAGUCUUCAUUAGAAGCAAAUUUAAUUAUUACUGAGGAAGGUUGUAGCUGGUUUAUCUUUGCCUUUUGAAUUCAUAUUUUGAAGGCAUGUUUUACUCCUGUAGGUUGGGAACUCGUUGUGGGUAUCGUUUUGUUUUUGAUUGAAAUAGUUUCUUUUGAGAUAUAUAUAUAUAUUUACUUGACAGCAUGUGUUCAUUUAAUGCUGUGUUCUCCAGAGUGUGUUAUGGUCUAAAAACAUUGCAUCUCUCAUCGCCUAAGAUGUGUUUAAUGUUAAUUAAUUAUCAAUAAUUAAUGAUCAGCCGCCUCCUUGGGAGAAUCCAUAUGAUCAGUGUAUCUGGAUGGGUGUCUCGUGUUGUAGUUUUGCAAAAGCUUUUAGCUUUUUUGCUAAAAAUAUAUGGAGAAGCAUUUAGAAACCCAGCAGUCACAGAAGAGACUGAAAACUAUAGAUGAAACCUAGAAAAAUGUUUUUCCAUGAGGCAAGAAAAACAACUGGAAACAUGAUUUUCAAGGCAGUUUAAUUUCCCUUUACUUAAAGGUUCAGUGUGUAAUAUUAAGGAGGAUCUAUUGACAGAACUGCAAUAAAAUAUACAUAACAAUGUUUUCAGUGGUGUAUAGAGACCUUACAUUAUGAACCACUAUGUUUUUAUUACCUUCUAAUGAGCCAUUUCUAUCUACAUACACUGCGGGUCCUCCUUACAUGGAAGUUGCUAUGUUGUGCCGCCAUGUUUAUACAGUAGUGGACAAAAGUCUCUACAGAGUGUGUUUUGUCACUACAUUGAAUACGCACCAAGAACAACUACAAGAAGUAACGUUCGUAAUAGUAGUAGUCGUUGACUUGUAAGAAAUAAGGAGAAAUUUGGACAAAUGGAGCAGAGCAUGUCGGCCACCGUACUUUCUCCUGCACUUGGGAAGGGAGGAGCGAGCUGUGCAUUGAUGUGGUGUCCAUUUUUCCUUCUUAAAUCUUUAUGGCAAAAGAGAAAUAAAGUAUACAUGGGACGCAAA